UUUUUGGCAGUUUCUUUGCUUACAAAUUGGUUGAUUGGCUUUUUUGGCGGUUUUUCUUUUUUUGAUUUUUUGUUGACAGCUUUUGAUGGAUUAAUUAUUUUUGGGGUAUAAAUGGAAAGCUUAUUGGAUGUUUGGAUACAAAUAUCCUUUUUUAUUAUUAGGAAUUUGAGAAUGCCAAAUAAAUUUUUGGAGAAAGGAAUGAAUGAGAGAGAGAAUAUUACGGUAGUUAAAUUUAUAUAAAUAUUUUUGGCUAAAUUCUUUUGAAUUUAAAUAAUUUUCGUUAAAAAAAUUUUUUUGUUUUUAAUUUAAAGAAAAUGUUCCGAACAAUUCAAAGUUUAUUAAGUGAUGAUUGCAGUGAAAAACAUUUAAAAGAAAAUUCCAAAUCAAUUUCUAAUCAAAAUAUUUUUAUUAAAAACAAUUCCCUACUUCCAUCAACCCCUCCAUUAAUGAUAACAAAUAAUUUAACUCAACAAAAUAAUUUUUCUUCGGAAAAAACUUUUGAUUACGAACAACAAUUUAAACUUUCUUCUUCAAUCUCAUCAACAAAUCCAUUACAACAAUUGCCAAUUUGUUCAUCUUGGGAACAAUUAAUUGCUUUUACUUUAUGGAAUUGGCAAAACAUAACGAAAGGAAUCCGACGACCGCGCACAACAUUUACGUCACAACAACUUGCAGAAUUGGAAAAAUCAUUUUCACAACAUAAAUAUCUUUCAAGACCCAGACGUUAUCAAUUGGCUAGAGAAUUGGGUUUAAAUGAAACGGUAUGUUUAUAG